UAAUUUCUCCGCUUGUUCUCUCUUCGACUUCGUCACGCUUUGUUAGAGUUCUCUUCUUCUUUCGUUCGUACCAAACUUUUGUUUCUCUGUUUUAAAGACUCUCCAGCUUUCUCAACAUGCCAUUAGCGGCGUCUCAGAUCCUUCAGUUUGCUCUAAAUUUGGCUUUCUUCACGGGUUAAUGAAGCCGACCUGUUUGUUGACCUGGAGCACAAGCCACUCCAUAUAUCCGUUUGCAUCUACUUUGAAUGUUCUUAUAAAAGGAUUUUAUAGUAGAAAUGUUAUCAGAUACAUCAGCUAUUACUAAGCCUUUUACAUAGUUGAAGUCUGUGUUGUUAUUGUAGACACUUGAUACAAUGGACCGAGCAGAUACAUCAGGGUUUGUAAGCGGAGGAGGAAUGCCUUUGUAAUUUCUGGUAUUUCCUAAUUUUCUAAUGAUACUUAUACUGGUCAGUAGCAUGUAUUAAAUAUUUUCUGCAAAUUUGGCCUGCCUCCUUUUCCCUAGUGUUAUAGUUCACAGCAUCUAUGGAUUUGAAUAAGAAUGUACAGUUUUCUCAUUUGUCUGAACUCUCGGGAAACGGUAAUUUCGGUGAUACCAUUUUAUGCCCGAACUUUCUUGGUUAUGGAGGAAGCAACAAGGCAAGAUUCGGAAGUGCUCAAAGUGAUCUUCAUGUUGGUCUUUCUUGCGCACCUGAUUAUGGCUGCAGGUUGGUUCUGGGGUUGGGUCCAACUUCAAGUGCUUGCUGUGAUGAUUAUCACAAUAUUGUCCUCAACAAGAACAAAUCAUCCACAGCUUCAUCCAAACCGUAUUUGCCACCUGAGGAUAACUCUAUCCUAAAACUUAGCCUUUCUGGAGGGACGUCCAAGGAAAGUACGAAUCAGUUGGAAUGUUCUUUCUCGAUAGACACUGAUGUUAGUAUGCCUCUUUCGAACAAAUCACUACCUGUUGUUGAUGAGGGUUCUACUUCGGCCAAGAAAUCUGGUGGCUAUAUGCCAUCACUCCUGUUGGCUCCAAGAAUGGAUAGUGGGAAAGAUUUGGGGCAGACACAUGAACUUUUCCAGUUUGGAGCUAAAUCUCAUUGUCACCAGUUUCAUCAAGGUUGUGAGCCCUCUAGUCAGACAAAUUUCUCGGUAGACACCCUCUCUGAGCAAACCAUUACUAUGACAUCUUCAGAUAACCAAACAAGCAAUUCGAAGAAAUGCAAGUUUUCUGGUUGCUUUAAAGGUGCAAGAGGAGCAACUGGUUUUUGUAUUGGCCAUGGAGGCGGACAAAGAUGCCAAAAGGCAGGGUGUAAUAAAGGUGCUGAAAGCCGUACUGUCUUCUGUAAGGCUCAUGGUGGAGGGUGGAGGUGCCAGCACUUGGGCUGCACCAAAAGUGCGGAGGGAAAGACGGAUUUUUGCAUAGCACAUGGUGGAGGGAGACGAUGUGGGUUCCUUGGAGGGUGCACAAAAGCCGCACGAGGUAAAUCUGGGCUUUGCAUUAAACAUGGUGGGGGCAAAAGGUGUAAGGUUGAAGGUUGCACACGCAGUGCUGAAGGACAGUCCGGUCUGUGCAUAUCUCAUGGCGGUGGGCGUCGGUGCCAGUUUCCAGCAUGUAAUAAAGGUGCUCAGGGGAGUACCAUGUUUUGCAAGGCUCAUGGUGGUGGAAAACGUUGUAUGUUUGCUGGGUGUACCAAAGGAGCUGAAGGGAGCACACCAUUGUGCAAAGGACAUGGUGGGGGAAAGCGAUGCCUCUACAAUGGUGGUGGCAUUUGUCCCAAGAGUGUGCAUGGGGGCACAAAUUUUUGUGUUGCUCAUGGUGGUGGGAAGAGGUGUGUAGUGCCAGGCUGUACAAAGAGCGCACGUGGUCGCACUGAUUGUUGUGUCAGGCAUGGCGGUGGAAAGCGAUGCAAGUUCGAGAACUGCGGCAAGAGUGCCCAAGGAAGCACAGAUUUGUGUAAGGCCCAUGGUGGGGGCAAAAGAUGUUCCUGGGAAGAAAGCAAAUGUGAGAAAUUUGCAAGGGGCAGGAGCGGUUUGUGUGCAGCUCAUAGCAGCAUGUUCCAAGAGAGGGAGGCAAGCAAGGGAGGGCUCGUUGCCCCAGGAGUUUUCCAUGGUCUUGUAUCAGCAACGUCGACCACAGGAAGCAGCUUCAACAACAAUCACUCAUCCUCAGGGAAUAGUGUCAUUUCUGAUCGCAUCGAUUCACCAAACAUGCCAAUUACAAGGAAACAACUCAUACCUCCACAGGUAUUGGUUCCACUAUCCAUGAAGUCAUCAUUCUCAUACUCAAGUUUUCCGAGUUCUGAGCAGCAAGAUGAAGGAAUGAAUAGGUAUGGAAAUGACAUCGUGGGGGGUGUCAGUAACAAGAGCUUCGACUUGUUGAUCCCGGAGGGGAGGGUCCAUGGUGGAGGUCUCAUGUCAUUGCUUAAUGGAAAUCUGAAGAACCCCAUUGAUGGCAUUUGAAGUCCAAAUUCACUUUGACACGAAGGAACCUAGUUUGUCUUCAGCUGUGGAAUUGUUUAAAAGAUUUGGUUUGUAGGGAUACUGGGUAUAUAUAUAGUAUUGUGUUGAUUAAUAGU